GAAAAUGACAGCUCCGCGUAAUCGCGAACGGAUAAAGGCUAAAACUCGAUCGCCGAACGUGAAUCAGGUCUAAGUUUGCGGCGACUACGGUUUAGACUAUUUCGCGAUGAACGCGUUCACGUUCUUUCUGCUAUCCGCUUUCAUCUGCGGCUCGGUAUAUGUUGCGCCCUGCCAUGGCCAGGCCACCCUGCCGCUCUUCAGUCCAGAUUUCCUCCCAAACCUGACCAGUGGGCUCACGCAAUUGGUCGAGAACAAUGCUCUGCAACUGGAACAGACCAUUGUGGCAAGUGUUCAGAACUUUCUCCAAAUACUUCUCAACGAGAUAUGCAACUUGAUCGGCAGGAUAUUCAGUCUGUUCGACCUUCCGCUGAACGCCUUGUGUCAGGUGACUCCAAGCCAAUCGAGUGGCAAUCCUAGAAGUCGGAGAUCGCUGUUCUCCGUGACGACUAUGAUACCACCGACUCUCCAGCCUCUACUGUCGAGCCUCCGGACGGUGAAUCUGACCGGAUUAAUACAGAACCCUCUUAAUCUCCUUCCUAGUGGGGUGAAUCUGACCGAAGUAAUAGAGAACCCUCUUAAUCUCCUCCCCAGUGGGGUGAAUCUGACCGAAGUAGUGCAGGACCCUCUUAGUUUCUUCACCAGUGGGGCAGUCUCACAGAUUGAAGGUGCGAUAAAUGGAACGAUCCCCAUUGUAACGAGAUUCAUAAGCACGCAACUGCUUCCUCAGACUCGAGUAUUACUUGACCGGCUUCAAAGUACUAACCGACUGCCCCCCAGUAUUAACACGCUCAUAGACGAAUUCAAUUUGAUUUACAGUAUUUUACAGACCCUCGGCUAUGUCAGUCCCGCCCCCAGCUAAUCAGCUGGACACCUUUUUUUGUAGUAUAACAGUUACAAAUAAAUGCUUUGUAGAUCAUAAAA